ACACUUUAUUAAUCUCAAUAAUAUUUUUCAUAACAUAUACAGUACGGAGUAUUUAACAAUAUUGCGGAAGCGAAUUUAAUAUUGACAUAUCAUAAAUCAUUUCAAAACUUGUCACAUCCAUCCCGACAAUCUCGCCCUAUCUGCCGCCAGGAUCACAUUGUGCUUUCUGCUUACCUGCGUGUAGCAAAUAAAACACACUACACGCUCAGCGAAAUUCCUAAAACGGUGUCCACGCGGUCAAAUUUCAUCUCAACGUUAAGUUAAGCCAAUACUCAGCUCCCCACCGCUGCAAUUUCCGAUCAAAACCUCGAAGAUUUCCCGGCCAAGAACAUCCUUCCAGCGGAUAGUUUUCAGUUAUGGCUUCCCCCUCUUCCGAGCCAUCUGCAAAACCUGAAGAAAGCAGUGGCAAUGAUGUUUGUGGUGUAGAAUCAUCAGAAACUGCAGAGCCUAUUGGAAGUGAUCAGCUGUCAUUGUACCGAUUACUGAAAAAAGCAAAGAAAGAGAGGGUGUGCACGGCUAAGGAGCGUAUCAGCAAAAUGCCCCCAUGCGCUGCUGGCAAGAGAAGCUCCGUAUAUCGCGGUGUCACUAGGCAUAGAUGGACUGGUCGUUAUGAAGCUCAUCUUUGGGACAAAAGUACCUGGAAUCAAAAUCAAAAUAAGAAAGGAAAACAAGUUUAUUUAGGUGCAUAUGAUGAUGAGGAAGCUGCAGCUAGGGCGUAUGAUCUUGCCGCUUUGAAAUAUUGGGGCCCUGGAACGCUCAUUAAUUUUCCAGUAAAAGACUAUACAAGGGACCUUGAAGAGAUGCAAAAUCUUUCCAGGGAGGAAUACCUUGCAUCGCUUAGAAGAAAGAGCAGUGGUUUCUCCAGAGGAAUAUCUAAAUAUCGUCCACUCUCUAGUCGUUGGGAAUCAAAAUUUGGCCGUUUACAAGGAGCUGAUUAUUUAAGCAGCAAAUGCCAUGGUGAUGAUGUCAAUGCGGGGAAUGCAUAUGUAGGUGGUUUUUGCAUGGGCCAAAAAAUUGAUUUGUCAAGCUAUAUCAAGUGGUGGGGACCUAUCAAAGCUCAUACAUUAGUGGAAUCAAAACAUGGUUGUUCUGAGGACACUGGCAAUGAAGCUUCAGAGUUGACUGUACAUCCAACUGAACCCUAUGAGAUGCCGUGUUUGGGCUUGUCACACAAAGGAAAAAACAAUCAGAAAGGCACCACCGCGGCACCAUCUAUUAUGAGCAUUUUGUCACAGUCUGCAGCUUACAAGAGUUUGCAAGAGAAGGUUUCAAAGAAGAAAGAAAAAGUUGAGAACGAAGAGAAUGAAAGCCAAACUGAUGAUUAUUAUGGGAAGAAGGCAUUAGAGGUAUCAUCAACAUCAUCAGUACAUGAUGGUGGAGGAAGGGAUAUGCUAGGGGCUUUAUUUGGUGGGACAAGUGGUGGAGGAUUGAACAUCAAUGGAAACUCGCAUCCCCUCACUCCCAUCUUGUCUGCUCCUCUACUGACCAACUACAGUGGUGCUAUAGAUCCCUUGGCAGACCCCCUUCUUUGGGCUCCUCUUGUUCCUUCUGCUUUUCCUCCAGGAUCAUCUUCGCAUGCCAUCGAGAUCACAAAGCAAGAGUCUGUUUCGGAUUAUACGUUUUUCCAACAAGGAGUGUGAAUUGUCCAAAAGAUGCAGGAUGAUCUUGGUUGUUUGUAAAAAUGUAGAAUUUUGUAUGUAACAUUACCUUGUUUGGUUUUUGGUUUUUUGGUGUUCUUUAUAACCGCUCUAAGAGGUUUUAAUGUUUUAUUAUAGUAUGAGAACUUGUUUU